CCGACCUGGCCGGAGCGAUGUGCCCGGCGCUGCUGCUGCGGCUCCUGCUGUGGGGGCCGCUGCUGUGGGGGCGGCUCCGGCCGGAGCGCGUCCCUCGGCACAGCAUCUACUGGAACUCGAGCAACCCCAGUUUCCUGCAUGACGACUAUGCUGUCCAGGUCUCCAUCAAUGACUACCUGGACAUCUACUGUCCGCACUACGAGCACCCAGUGCCCGCGGGCCGGGCCGAGACCUUCAGCCUGCACAUGGUGGACACCGAGGGCUACCGGGGCUGCUACGAGACGCCCAGUGCCCUCAAGCUCUGGGAAUGCAACCGGCCCCAUGCGCCCUUCGGGCCCGUCCUCUUCUCCGAGAAGAUCCGGCGCUUCACGCCCUUCGCACUGGGCUUCGAGUACCAGCCGGGGGAGACCUACUACAUCAUCUCUGUCCCCACCCCAGAGAGCGCCGGGCGGUGCCUGAGGCUACGAGUGGCCGUCUGCUGCAAGGCAACAACAACAAAGCCUGUGACAGAAGUUCCCAAAUCUCAGCCCCGUGGGAGAGGGGGGUCGGAGGGGCAGGAGCGGGUCAGGGGGUGA